UAUGCUAUUGGGUGCUUUUAACGUUGGAGAUUACAUCCCAUGGCUUGCAUGGAUUAAUAAUGUUAAUGGCUUGGAAGCAAAGAUGAAAAAAGUGGUCAAUGAUUUUGAUGAAUAUUUGGAAAAGAUUGUUGAAGAGGGAAUGAAGAGGCAGGAGGAAAAGAAAAGCGGUAGUGAUGGUAAUGAUAAGAAACAGCAGCAGAAUUUUGUGGAUGUUCUGCUUGAAAUCCAGAAAACAAGUGCUACUGGUUUUGCUUUUGGGCGAGAUUCCCUUAAAGCUAUCAUCCUGGACAUGUUUGUUGGAGGAACUGAUACUACGUCUGCAUUGCUACAGUGGGCAAUUUCUGAGCUGCUGAGAAACACAAAUGCAAUGCACAAACUGCAAAAAGCAGUGAGACAAUUGCCAAGAUGCAAACCAGGCAUCACAGAGGAUGAUUUAGAGAAUCUCCAGUACUUAAAAGCAGUAAUCAAAGAGACUCUUCGAUUGCAUCCACCAGUUCCAUUACUUGCUCCUCGUGAAUCGAGGAAGGCGUCCAAGAUAAUGGGAUAUGAUAUUGCUGCCGGUACUCAAGUGAUCAUCAAUGCUUGGGCAAUGGGAAGGGACCCAAAAUUGUGGGAAGAUGCCGAGAGUUUUUGGCCGGAGAGGUUCUUGAAUAGUUCUGUGGACAUUAAAGGGCAACAUUUUCAGUUCAUCCCAUUUGGUGCUGGAAGGAGGAGCUGCCCUGGCGCUGCAUUUGCCAUGGUUACAGCUGAACUUGCACUUGCAAAUUUGGUGUGCCGCUUUGAUUUUGAAUUGGCAGGCGGAGCAAGGCCAGAGGAUUUGGAUAUGACUGAAGCUCCUGGUAUUGUUACACCAAGGAAAAUUCGUCUUCUACUACUUGCAAGUCUUCCUAAUUAGGCAGUUGCAAGAUAUUAUACUAUCAGCAAUUAGGUAAUCACUUUUGGUAUUGGCGUGGAGUUCAAUUAAGAAAACUUUAUGAAGGUUUAAUGAUUUAUUAUU